AUGCUCAAAGACAUCCUCGAGAGUGGACGCCUGGAGGAGUCGCACCUCAUGACGUUCAUGUGCGCCCUUUUCUCAGUUUUCGGCGCCGACUUUCACGUACUACGUGAAGAGGCUGAAGAUGACGGCUUUCUGGAGUUGCUCCGCCGAGCGUUGUCGACCGCAGUUGAGCUGGCGACUUCUGCCGAGGAUAUCAAGAUCUGCCAGGCGGCGUCAGUGCUGGUUCAAGCUGUCCAGCAGAUGAUUUUGAGCGUGCACCCAGAGUCUGGCGAAUUUGAAAAGAUGCUCGGGCUGGACUGGGCAGCCAGCUGGUCUGGAGUUGUUUUUUCUGGGUUGCCCUCCGUCGCUGCAAUGGAUGUCCAACAAGUGAAAGACGGCAUGAUCGCCGCGCGAAGGGCAGGAAGCUUCUUGGAGGGCCUCGCCGACGGCGCCGAUGCUGGUGAUGGUGUUUUCCGACUCUUGGAUGCCGCACGCGGCGUGCUCAAGAUCCAAGAUGCGAUCUGGAAAGGCACAUUACAGGACCUCCUGCGAGCGCCGAAGGCCUAG